UUUUUCUCUUCACCUAAAGUCAAUCAAUUAUUUGGAUGAAAUGUCUGAGACCCUACAGACUUCAGUUUAUAUGAAAAUCUAUUGGUUGGACGUAUUCCUAAUAUGGAAUCAAUCUGAUUACAACGGCUUGUAUUUCACUUAUUGGCCACAGGAUGAUGUUUGGAGACCUGACAUAGUUUUGUACAACUCUAACAAAGCUUAUGAAGCUUUGGGCCAUAAGACAAUUAUGGUUGAGAAUUAUUCCGACGGCUGGAUUAGAUGGUUUCCGAUGGAGCUGUUUGAGACGUCAUGCGAGGUUGAAAUGACUUAUUUUCCGUUUGACGUUCAUACAUGCGAGCUUCAAUUUACGCCAUGGAGUUACACUUCGGUAAAAUUGACUUCAUUCUCCGACACAGUUGGUUUAGAAAGUUAUAGUACAAACGCACUUUGGGAAAUCCUAGAAACAAGUGUAGAAAAGAGAAAAGUAGCUAAUGUUGAUGUGUUAUCUUACAAACUAAAAAUUCAAAGAAAGCAUUUACACGAGAUGUUGACACUGUUUGUUCCAGUUCUGUUAUUAACCAUUUUGGACCUUUUUGUGUUUGCUCUUCCUAAUGGAGGCGAUAGGUCGGGAUACGCGGUUACUGUGUUCCUCGCUUUUUCCGUGUAUUUUACUAUCGUGGAUACGGUAAUGCCGCCAAAUUCCGAGAAGAUUUCUUUGUUUUCUAUUUAUCUGGUUAUCCAAACUUGUCAGUCAACCAUCAUCACAAUUUUGUCUGUACUUCUGACAAAAGUCGAAUUUAUAGACGAGAGCACGAGGAUACCGCGCGUUCUUGUCUUUCUCGUGAGAAUUUCUGGAGCGUGCUGCAGAAGAAAGAAAGCAGCGGAAGUGUAUCCAUUAGAACAUAUUACUAAAGGUGAAACUUCUGAAGGGAAUACAAUUGAGAAAGAUUUGAAAGAAACAACUGAGCCAGCAACUUGGACAAUGGUUACUGACGCAGUAGAUAAGAUAGCUAGUAUUGUUUUCACACUCGUAUUUAUAAUCACGACUGUAAUUUUCUUCUGCGUUAUAAUCUUGGUACCAAAUCGAUUGAAAUGAUAUCAUUCUCCCGUCUUCAGAGGGCAAGCAAAUUUCAAUGAAGUAUACCUCUCUUCGAAAUCAAUGACUGUUUGACACAAUCAGAUAUAUAGAUAACAUAAGGUUGGAGCUUUUAGCCCGGACUUUUUUUUUCGGAGACGACACUAAUAAAUUUAUAUUUAUAUAAUAGCCCGGCUUAUAAAUCCUAAAAUAUGGCCGAACCUUGCAAACUUUAGUAGAGACUUAAGAUAAUACAUUUCUUAAAGAACAAUACCAGAUGACAAUUUCUGGAUAUGGAACACUCGAAUCAGUCAACCAUGAAAGCCUGGGCUAACUGUUUUAUGACGUCAUCACUAGGACAUUUGAAUUCGUAAAAAUAAUUUGGUUAUGUUCAGCAAAGUAUAAAAUUUUAUUGCCCUCUUCUAAAUUUCUAAUAAUCUGGUGACAAAACAAUUGGAUUAUGUAGAGCUUCUCAAAGUUACAUUAAUCUAAGAAAUAUUAAAGAAAGGUUACUUUGUGAAUAAUUUGUAUGAAAAGGGAUAAAUUAUCUAAAACGAUGCAUCACAAAAACUUAAACUUUACAUUCUGUUUUCAAACAAAGACAAACUUUUAAUAAAAUAGUGUCAUAAAAAAGAGGAAGCAUGUGUUUAUAAUUAGAUUAUAUCGAUUUAGAAUUCUUCCGACUAUAAAUGCCUUUUCGGGUCAUUUUAAAUUUGUCUACACAUACGGGAGAGAUGCCUCAUUUUUCACAUUCUGAAUGUUGUAUAUUUCUUUCUUGUGGAUACGAAUGAAAGCUUUUAUGACAACAUGCACUACCAAAUCUUCUAGCGUAAUACUUAGACUUUUUCAUGCACAUUUUUUA